AUGGAGCAUCGCCCAUCGAUGGCAAAAGUUGAGGACAGUGUUGGGAUAUCUCCAGUGAGAUUGUCAGUGAUCACUUGUAGAACUGAGGUUCUUCGAGUAUUUCUGAAGACGGAUUUCUUGCUUGGGUAUGAAAUUAGCAAUGCAGGCCAACCUCUCCUUGUAUCAGCGGCUUCGCAUGGUGCAAUUGAUGUAGCUAAAGAGCUGCUCCUACAUUGCCCUGACGCUCCAUAUGAGAACAGUACCACUGGAGUGACCUGUCUUCACGAAGCUAUUGUUUCAGAGCACGAAGAGUUCUUAAACUUUAUUAUAUGUGCCCCGCAGCUGCGCGCUCUCAUCAACCUGCGUGACAAGGAGGGGAAGACAGCGCUUCAUCACGCUGUUCUCAAAUGCAGGCCUAAAUUGGUUGGAAGUAUAUUAUCCCACAAGGAUAUUGACAUUUCUAUACUUGAUGAGGAGGGUCACUCUGCCGCAUGGGAACUGAAGUAUGCGUACAGCGAGGCGAAAACACUCGAAUGGAAUGAGAUCUGCAUGCUUCUUUCAAAGGCUGAUCCUCGCGAUAGCUUCUCCAUCCAUUUUUUGCAAAAGGAAGCGAGGAUAAACGCAGUCAAUGCAUCUAGAUUGGAUUCAAAGUCAUUGAGCAAGACCUACACAAGUAAUACAGCGAUCAUUGCGACUCUUAUCGCCACUAUCACGUUUGCAGCCUUGUUCACGGUGCCCGGUGGCUAUAGCUCAGACCCGGGAAGCGCAGUAGCUUUUCUCUGUGUUCUUUAUCGUUGGGGCGACUACAGAUUCUUGGUGCAUUAUUUGGCUGUCACAAAGCUGCUAAUGUGGGUCUCGUAUGCGUUCACACUUGUAGCUUUCACUAUUGGGAUGUUCAUAUUGUUGGCGCCACAUCACUUGUGGUUGGCCAUUCUCAUUCUUUGCUGUGGAGCUCUUGUCCCGCUGGCGACAAAGAUUGUUGGUGAAUGGCCUGUUCUAAUGCUGAUGCUGAGAUCUCGGCUAGGUGGAGGCCCCAGCACCUACAGGGGUCAGCUCCUUGACAUUGUUUGA